AUGUCUCGGAUCCUAAGUGGUGAGUGUCUGGAAUUCAUUUCUGCGGACGUUGACAUUUCAAGCUACAAAGACUGUGUAGGUAAUCAAGUUGGCUUCGUUGGCAAACCGGGUACUGCUUCCGUGGCUGGAUUCAAUAAUCCUUCGAAGCCCCCAACUGUGACUGCAAUACCCUUAAGUCAUCAAGGUGUCGUUCAGUCCGGAAGCUGUUACACUUCUUCUGAUUAUUCGUCGGAACUAUACGAAGACGAAGAAGUUUACGAAGGGGAGCCGCGAGCGGUGGUUGAGUGGGAGUCACAAGAGUCGGGGGAAUUCGCGGAUUUCUACGACGAUGAAGAAGUAGAAGAGGAAGAGGAAUUUGUUGAAGAAGAGGAAGAAUAUGAGGGCGAAGAGGAUUAUGAAGAGUAUUGCGGUGAGGAAACUGCCGAAUCUAUCAGCUGGCCCGAAACGCGCUCUGUUGGCAGAAUUAUCCUUGAGCGUGUUCCUGCUGUAAAUCGCAACACGGUGCAUGCUUCGGGGGAGGCUCUUCAUAGAAUGGAACACGAGAUGGCUCCACGCGCGCAAGCCGGAUCUAUCCGUUCUCCUGAAUUAAGAGCAACAUUGCCUGCGAUUGCAACUGUACGUGAACCGGGUGAAAUCAUACUUUCUGCGGACUCUAGAAUCGCGCAUCAGCGGUUACCGCAAAUGGUUCCGCGGCCGAAUUCGCCGCGAAUGAAUUGGCCUCGUACCUCCGCCAAUGCUGUUAUUGUGCGAAACCCUCCUCCGUCGAUGAACGCCGUUAUUACUACUACUCAGGGCCAUCGUUUCUUUGCGCCGGGGAGAGAAGUUUUGGCUUCAAAUAGCCCCACGCUAACACAAGAUACAGUUCGCUACAUUACUCCGAGAAUACGCCCGCAAAUUGCCGUUACAAAACCGAGCGAGGCCGGGGUGGAAGUGUCAACUGGCUACAAAAUCACGGAAUUGCCCACUUCAAAUAUAACGAUCAACUCUUCUGAAAUGAAACCCUUGGCUAUGGUGCCUCCACAGAGAAUGCGUUUGACAACAUCCACCGCAGUGGGAUCUAGAAUAGGCGCAACGAUGGCAACCAGCCCUGCUCAGCGACCCGGUGCAUCUGUUCUUUAUAUUCAUCAGGGUCCAGGAAGGGUUUUAUCCCCGACUGCCACUGUCAGUCAAGCGUCGACGGCACAGGGUGCUUUUCUCAACCAAACGAGGUCUGUGUAUCAUCAAGUCAUACCACAACGGAAACCCGAGGUGGUGUCUCCUGUUCGCGGGGCGAUAAUUCAACAAAACAUGCCCACUCGGCUUGAGAAGCCUACAUUCAUGCCCUUGGACCACAUCGUGAUUGCAAGUGGGGACUCCCAAAGAAUUGUUCCGAUCGGGAAGCCGGGAUCGAUCGAAUCGAGACUGAACGUUCCUCAGCAAGAAAAGUACACAGCCUACCAAAUUAUCACCCCGACCCCUACCAACCAUGCGGUGUCUUCUCGUGGGUCUGAAACGAUGGUUGAAUUGAUCCCUCAAAACGCUUUGAAAGAGUUGGGUGAUGACUCAACGACGCGCUUUGUGAUGUCUCCUGGAAUGCUGCGAACUCAAGUCAAUAUGGACGAGUGCCAGGCUGAAGACGCAAAUGCGGCGCUCGCAAUCCCUUUAAGCGACCUGAAGAAGCCGAAGGGAGCCGCCAAGCCCCGACGCCCCGCAAGUGCCAACAGAGGCGGUCGUGGCGGCAAAGGAAGAGGCGCCUUGAGCUUGGAGCCCGGCACAGUGCCGCCGGAGCACAAGGCCGUCCCGAAACCUUCCGCCCCGGCGAGGAAUCGGAAGAAACCUGCGAAAGUAGUGAUUAUGCAUCCCGCGAUGCAAACCGGUCCACAAAUUGUAUUCAAUUCGUUGCCCACUGUUCAAUCCGCACAAUGCGUGGCGAAUGCUCCGGGUGCAGUGAAUGCUGUCGGGACGCACAGCCUGAGUCCUGCUCAGAACGCG